AUGCAACGGGAUCUUCGUCCUCUGUGUCACUGGCCUUACCCAAAUCCAGACCUUGAGGCAGUUCGUGGGAGGGACUAUGACAGUUUGGAUUUGCAGGGCUUCGAGGAGAGAGAAAUCGAGGGUGACAUCUGGAUCUACGACGGUGGAUGCGGGAUGAUGGAUUUGCUGGCGACGGAAGCGAUGACAGAGGCGGAGAGGAGGAAUGGUUGA